UAGUUAGAAAUAUUAUGUUUUAAUUUUUGGUAUAAUUAAUGUAUUGCUUUAUAAAACUGUAUUUUAGCUUUUGACGACGAUGGAAAGAUUAGACGGCUACAUUUUCCCUGCUGUUUGCAGCAGUUAUUUCUUAAUCUCAUGUCUCGUGUUUUCUAAAAUCACUUGGGAACAGAGAGACUCGUACAUGGAUGAAAUCUUCCACAUCCCACAAGCUCAGAAAUACUGCCAGGGCAAAUUCACAGAGUGGGACCCCAUGAUCACUACACUGCCUGGUCUGUACCUGCUGUCUGUGGGGGUUAUCAAACCACUCGUGUGGUCGCUGGGAUGGACGGAGAAAGCUGUGUGCUCCGUUGCCAUGCUGCGCUUCAUCAAUGUGCUUUUUAACUGUGGCAACUUCUACAUUCUCUAUCUCAUCAUCUGCAGAAUACACCCAAAAGACAAGUCCCGUACAACAGGACGUCGUGUGCUCUCAGCCCUGACCCUGUCCACAUUCCCGGUGCUUUACUUCUUCACCUUUCUCUACUACACCGACUCUGGUUCCACCUUCUUCACCCUCUUCACCUACCUCAUGUGUCUGUACAGGUGCCACAAAGCAGCCGCUCUGCUGGCGGUCUGCGCCGUACUGUUCCGCCAGACCAACAUCAUCUGGGUGGCGUUCUGUGCCGGCACGGUCCUGGCUCAGAAAAUGGAUGAGACCUGGAGGGUGGAGCAGUCGAAAAAGAGGGAUGAGAAGUCAACCUCACAGAUCCCGAUGCAGCUGGGAAGAAUUGUGCAAUUCCUGCUUAAAUACUUCACGUCACCGGCGAACAUAAAAAACGUGGUUUUAUCAGCAUGGCCGUACGGUGUGGCUGGUUUGGGCUUUUUGGCGUUUGUUGUGUUGAAUGAUGGGAUCGUAGUGGGGGACAGGACCAGUCAUGAGGCAUGCUUAAACUUCCCUCAGCUCUUUUAUUUCUGUUCAUUCGCACUGGUCUUCUCGCUUCCGACGACUCUUUGCUACCAGAGGGUUGUCCGGUUUCUGCAGUCAGUUCGGAAGCACCCUUUUCUCUCCCUGCUCAUCACAGCUCUGUCUCUACUUUUAGUCUGGAAGUUCUCAUUCGUUCAUAAAUACCUGCUUGCAGAUAACAGGCAUUUUCCCUUCUACGUCUGGAUGAGGAUCUAUCAGAGACACGAGCUGAUCAGGUUCCUCCUGGUCCCUGCGUAUCUCUUCGCAGCAUGGAACUUAAUAGACACUUUGAAAUCCAGGUCUCCUUUUUGGAUCCUGGCGUUCUGCGUUUGUCUGGUGGCAGCUACGGUUCCUCAAAAGCUUCUAGAGUUCCGCUAUUUCAUUCUGCCAUAUCUGUUCUACCGCAUCCACAUUCCUUUACCAUCCCUUCCCAGACUGCUGCUAGAAUUUGCACUGUAUACUGCAGUCAACGCAGCUACGAUCUACAUUUUUCUUUAUAAGGCAUUUCAGUGGCCCGAUAGCCCUGCAGUGCAGAGAUUCAUGUGGUGACACAAUGAAAUCAGGGUUUUUGUCCCAAAGGAAAGGAAGAUACAAAUCUUUCUGAAUUCUGCCUUUAUCUCCCACUUUAGUCAUUUCCAAUUCCCAAUUGUGAAUCUGCUGCCGCUUGCACAAUCCCCGAUCUGAUCAAGGAUAGCCGAAUCAUUACACGCCCCCUCCGACACGUGUUCAGUCUGCAGCUGUUUUUUUUAUAUAUAUUUUUUGUUUGUUUUUUGCAUUUUCUCCCGACUUUUUAGCGCGUCCAAUUGCCCGAUUGCGUCAUGCUUCCUCUCCACUAAUGCCGACCCCCGCUCUGAUUUGAGAAGAAUGAAGCUAACCCACGCCCCCUCCGACACGUGGGCAGCAGCCUUAUGCAUCUUGUCACCCACACUAGACGAGUGCAUAUAUGCGAAUCAGCCUUGUGUACGGAGAGACACACCUUGAUCCGCACUCUUUCCCCGACUCUGUGCAGGCGCCAUCAAUCAGCCAGCAGAAGUCGUAAUUGUAUUAGUUACGAGGAGUCCCUAUCCGGCUUAAUAUCCCACACCUAUAUGAACAACAGGCCAAUCGUUGUUCAUGUGGCUGCUCAGCCCAGCCGGAUGUCAGAGCUGAGAUUCGAUACGAUGUAUUCGAAAUCCCAGCUCUGGUUCCAGCAUGUGUUUUUACCACUGUGCCACCUGAGCGGCCUGCAGCUGCUUUUUAUCAUUUUCCAGUGUUGGGUUCCCAUACAGAGCUGUAUAUGCAUAUGGAGAGCCAUGAUAAGCUCUAUGUGACCCCACCCCCGGACCAGUCCCGGGGAUUGCAUAUUGCAGCGUCAGCAUUAAGAGACCCUGUCUGACCUUCCCUCCCUAGCGAGUUGGAGCUCUCCACAGUGGUGUGCUAGGUACGCCGGGGGAUUCGAUUUUAUUCCGACUUUCUACUGUGAUUUUACUGUGGGUUUAUGACAAAAAACAAAAUGCAGAGACCAAAAAUUUUUAGUUGGGUUUAUUUGAAUUGCUAAAUGUUUUCUGUAUCACUGGACCUAUUUUUUUAUGUGUAAGCUAUUAAUAUAAUAUUUCCCAACUUGAAGCUUAAAGGUGUUUGGAUUAGUAAUAAUUUCUUAUUUUGUGUUUUAUGAUAUUAAUUGGUUCAGAAAUUUGUUUGAAGUUUUGUACCUUCAGCUGUAUUUUGUGUAU